AUAAAAAAAAAAAUAAAAGCAAAUCCUUGAUUGAAAGUAGUUUUUUUUUGUAUUUGUAUGCAGUAGGUAUAGUGUCAUGCUGCAGCAGCCUUUUUCGAGAAAAAGCUCCCUCCUGCACGUAAAGUAAAUUGCCCCAAAAAAGAAUAUCCCCUCUACAAAGAAUGUGAAUAAAAAAGUAAAUUUCCUUUUUUCUGCUCGAUAAGGCGACAUACUGCAUACAAAAAAGUGUAAAAGAAUAUGAAGACCGGGCGGUAUAGAGAAAUCCGGAAGUAUACGGAUUCAAAAAGGGUAUUAAGUAAUCCGAGUAAAAAGGGGGUAAAUUGAGGUUGCCUUCGCCUUCAUGCGCGUUGCGUUAUAUAUCGUGCAAAAUCAUUGCAAAAAUCAUUUUCACAAAAAUUAUUCAUACAAAACGUGAAGUGGGUGUUUUGUGUAAUACUGUGCCAAAAAGAUAAAAUAUAAUUCUAUUUUUCCAUCCGGAUCCGGCUGCGGUCAGCAGGCCAUUUUUAUUUUUGCAGUAAAUCUUCUCUUUAUCUAUUAUUUUUUUUUUUUUUGUUGGUCGGGUUCUAGUGUGUGUCUAUGGGUGUGUUUUAAAAUUUGUAUGCGUGCCUGUGUAACGUGUCCUUUUACGAAAUUAACGAGCAUAACUUACACACAGUUUAAAUGUGUUUUUGGGUUGCAACUAAUCUGCCGGGGCCUGCCGCCCCAUUGAGGGCCGGCGACUCAUGGAGUAUCCAACGUCGUCGAGUCUAAGCGUCGGUGACAGAAACAGUGUUGGAACAAAUACAAUACAAAUAAAAUUUCAUUUAAAACAUAACGACGCUUUAAGAAUAUCACCACCGGCCUUAACGCCACCAACACCAAUCAGUCCACGUGAACCGCAGAGUCCCGAUGGUCAUACAUCAGUGAGUUCAACUGGAUCAAGUGAUACGAUUCCUGAACAACAGUUUGCUGUAGCUGAUUCGAAUACCAAUACAGUUUCGAAAUCGUUUGUACCGUGUAAAGUUUGUGGCGACAAAGCAUCCGGAUAUCAUUACGGUGUAACAUCGUGUGAAGGUUGUAAGGGAUUUUUUCGUCGGAGCAUUCAAAAACAGAUCGAAUACAGAUGUUUACGAGAUGGUAAAUGUCUUGUAAUUCGACUGAAUCGCAAUAGAUGUCAGUAUUGUCGUUUCAAGAAAUGCCUUUCUGCUGGAAUGAGUCGAGAUUCUGUUCGAUAUGGUCGAGUACCGAAGCGUUCACGUGAACUGAAUGGUACGCCCGACGAUCAAAACAAUCGUGUCAGUACACCAGGCACACCAAAUACACCGCAAACACCACAAAUGUGUUCCGUGGCAUCACCGCAAGACUUGGCAUGCGCGGCAGCCCAAUUGUCGGCCUCAUCCACUGCGGAUAUACCCGAUAUACCACCCCCGGCUACCGAUCUAACUGUUUACGAUAUCAUUAUGUGCAUUUCGCAGGCUCAUCGAAUGUAUUGCACCUACACGGAGGAGCAAACCAGAGAGCUGGUGAGACGUCCUGUUCUUGUGCCACAUAAUGGAGUUAGUGAUGACAAUGAAGUAAACAAGAAUGCCUCAUUGCCAGAAAGGAGAGAACUUCAAAAGAUUUGGCUGUGGCAGCAAUUUGCUGCUCGCAUAACACCAGGCGUACAACGUGUUGUUGAGUUUGCCAAACGUGUACCUGGCUUCUGUGAUUUCAUUCAGGAUGAUCAAUUGAUUCUGAUCAAGUUGGGAUUCUUUGAAGUGUGGCUAACGCAUGCCGCCCGCAUGAUCAAUGAUACGGCAUUAACGUUCGACGAUGGAGUUUAUUUGACACGUCAACAAAUGGACAUUCUUUAUGAUACUGAGUUCACUGUAGCAAUGGUUAAUUUUUCCAACACUCUAAAUGGCUACAAUUUGAGUGACACCGAAAUUGGUCUUUUCUCCGUAAUGGUCUUACUGGCUCCAGACCGAACUGGCAUUACCGAACACAAAAACAUUGCCCAAACCCGAGAAUGCAUUACGGAAGCACUACGUGUGCAAAUUGUUCGCUCCAGAGCUAGUUCCCCACAGGCUAUGCAACUAAUGCCAGCCUUAGAGGCUAAAAUACCCGAAUUGCGUUCACUUGGCGCAAGGCAUUUCUCCCAUCUAGACUGGCUACGAAUUAAUUGGACAAAACUUCGACUACCACCGUUAUUUGCUGAAAUCUUUGACAUUUCCAAAACGGAUGAGGAUUCACAAGCCAGCACUUCAUCGUAAAAAAAAAGAUACUCGUUUAGAUAGAUAGAAAACAUAAUUUAUAUGGCAGAUGAUGAGAAAUUUUGUAGAAGAAACAACAACAACAAUAUUCGUCAUAUACAAAACAAAAAAUACAGAAAAAACGCCUUGCGGAAUGCGGUUUAAUUCUUAAAUGUUACGACUCUAAAAAUGCAUAUAAAUUUAAUUCUUAUAUUGUACUAUCGAAAUUCUUAGUGCAUAAAUGUUAAACUAAACUAAAAAAACAAAACAAAAAAAAACAUAACUACUGUAAUGGCUGCGAAUACUCCUUUAAUUUUUUUUCCUUCUGUUGUAAUAAGUACAGAUUAGAAUUUAAUAAAUUUAAUUAGCGAAUAGAACACAUCACAACAUAAAUAAGCACUCGUAAAAAAUGCAAUAUUUUCCACUUUAUUGGACUGUUGUCUAUCUAUAUCGUUUCAAAUUUUAUUAAAAUUAAAUUUAAAAAUAAAAAAAGAAAAACAUUGUAAUUCUCAAAUUAAUAAAUAAAAUCUAAAUAAAAAUGUAGGAGAAUCUAUAAAAUACAAAUUAAUGAAAUACAAAAUAUAUUAUAGUUUAUAAUGAAAUAAAUAUUUUUAAACAAAAAAAAAAGAAAACACAUGUUUUUUUUUGUAUAUAAGAAAAUAAAAAAAACGUCUGACUUUUUAAAUUUAAACAAAUAAUAAAAUUACUUUAAAAAUUGUUUUAGAUGAAUGAAAAAAAAUGUAAGAAUUGUUAUUAUUGCUAAAUAAAUUUAGUUUCGAAAUAAAAACAAAAAUUAAAAUAAAAAACAAAUAUUUAUUUUUAACAUAUUUAUACCUACCUAUUAGAGUUUAAAUUUCGAUUAAAUAAAUUUAAAAUGAAUUAAAAAUAAAUACAUAAAUAGUGAGAAUAUUCAGAUCGUGUAGUAAAUGAGAGUGAUCGAAAGCGAAAUCACACUUUUUUAUAUAAUGUAAAAACAUAUCAGUUCAAUUAUUUAUUUCAUAUACAUUUUUUUUUCUUUAUUAAAGUUAAAUUAAGCCCGAAAAGUAAAAAAUUAAAAGUAUAAACGUGUGUUAAAAGGAAAAAAAUAUUUUUACGAAGCUUAAAAGAUACAACAACAAAAAAAAAAGACCUGUUAAUUUUUUUCAUUUCUCUUAAUUUUUACUCCAACAUAAUUACAUACAUAUAAGUAGAAUAUUGAAAGAAACAAAAAAAAGAAGAAAAAAUUAAGAAAUAAGGAUCAAUCAAAUUUUAUGACUGCGUCUGUCGACAAAAGUUGCUCGUAAUAUUUUAAGAUUUUAGCCCUAAGGUCGACGUUUAUUUUAGUUUUUAUUUUUUUAAGUGGAGUGUAAAUAAAUUAUUUCUAUAAAAAAAGCAAAAUAAUAUUUUAACAUACUUUGAGCGAUUUUCGAUAAGCUCCUCUCAUUUUCUCUUCUCUUAUCCUUAAGAUCUUUUUUUGUAAUUUUUAAUAAUAUAUAUAAAACGAUUUUUUGGUUUGAAA